UAACUAUACCCGAGUUGCACUUUUGAUUGAUUAGAAAAAUACAUGGUUCAUCUUGUAAUUUUUUUAACUUAGUCUCGUUUGUGUAACCCUUUUUUAUUUACUUAAACAAGAAAACAUGUGACUAUGAGACCAAACCAAGCAAGCAAGUUUCAACGCGCACAUAACUCUCUUUUCAUUACAGCGUCUAAACUGUUCUGUUCUUUCACGCGGUCUUCAUCUCUUCAUCAUAUAAAAGCUCUGAUUAAUUUCUACUUUUUUCAUUUUCGAAUUUUCUCAAGAAAAAGAGGUUUUUGUGAGUAAAGAGAGAUCAAGACUCAUCAUGGGUUUGUGGAUCCUGUUGUUAUCUCUCUUCACGGCGAUCUCACUAACGUCGUCUCAGCCCCAAGCUCCUCCACCGCUUUCUCCAGACGCCAAUCUCUGCAACGGCGUGUUCGUUUCCUACGUUUACUCAACCGGCACCAAGAUUAAACCGAACGACACGAAGAACCAGCCGUACCGGUUCGAGUCAGCGAUCACGGUGCUCAACAACGGACGCGACGAGCUUAAAUCGUGGCGUGUCUUCGUCAAAUUCGCCCACCGCGAGAUUCUCGUUUCGGCCACCAACGCCGUUCUCUCCGACGGUUCUAGCCUCCCUGUUAGCGUCGAGAACGGGACGAUCUUCUCCGGGUUUCCUUCGGCGGAUUUGAAGUCGGCUAUUAUGACGGCGGGUGACGUCACUCAGAUGGAAGCACGUGUUGAGCUCGUUGGUACUCAGUUUGGAGUUGCGCCGCCGAGAGUUCCGCUUCCGAAAAACAUCACUCUUGUUAAUGAUGGCUGGUCUUGUCCCAAACCUACUCAACGAGGUUGGAAUGUUCUGGAAGUAUGUUGCACGCCAAAUCCGAACAUUACAACAGCCAAGAUUGUUGAAAAGUUCCUUCCUAGGCAAGAGGGAGAUCUAACCAUAAUGUACGAUGUGACCAGAGCGUAUCAGUCGAGUUACUAUGCGCAGGUAACGAUCGAGAAUCAUAACCCGCUUGGUCGGCUUGACAAUUGGGAUCUGAGUUUCGCGUGGAUGAAAGAUGAGUUUAUCUUCUCAACCAGAGGAGCUUACCCGAGUGUUGUCGAUUCAUCGGAUUGCAUCAGUGGUCCGCAAUCAAAAUACUAUGGACAAAUUGACUUCUCCAACGUUUUGAGCUGUGCAAGAAGGCCACAUAUCAUAGACCUCCCUCUCACUAAAUACAACGAUUCAGAUAUGGGACGUAUCCCAUUUUGCUGCAGAAACGGGACGAUUCUGCCACGGUCCAUGGAUCCAGAGAAGUCCAAAUCAGUUUUUCAAAUGCAAGUUUACAAAAUGCCUCCGGAUCUCAACAUCUCAGCUAUAACGCCUCCACAGAACUGGCAGAUUAAAGGUAACCUUAACCCUGAUUACAAAUGUGGUCCUCCUGUCCGAGUCAGCUCAAGCCAGUUCCCUGAUCCAAGCGGUUUGCCUUCAAACAAAACUGCAUUUGCUAGCUGGCAAGUCGUCUGUAACAUCAGUCAACCAGCUACUCCUAAAUGCUGCGUCUCAUUCUCUUCUUACUUCAAUGACUCGAUCAUCCCUUGUAAAACUUGCGCUUGUGGAGGUUGUUCUAGCAACAGAGUGGCGCGUACUUGCAGUGCAACCUCUCCAGCUCUACUUCUUCCACCUCAGGCUCUUCUAAUCCCGUUUGAGAACCGAACCACACUUGCCACUGCUUGGGCAGCUAUAAAACGACGCAAGCUCCCGAACCCUUUGCCUUGUGGAGAUAACUGUGGAGUCAGCAUAAACUGGCAUCUAGCUACAGACUAUCGAGGAGGAUGGACUGCUCGAGUCACACUCUUCAACUGGGGGGAAACUGAUUUUGCAGAUUGGUUUACAGCGGUUGAACUGAAAAAAGCUGUACCGGGUUUUCAGAAAGCUUACUCCUUCAAUGGAACUACCAUAGCUAUCAACGGCAAGAACAGCACUGUUUUAAUGGAAGGGCUUCCUGGACUGAACUAUCUUAUGGCAGAGAGUGACGGGAAGGACCCGGAUAAGGACUUUAGGGUACCAGGGAAACAGCAGUCUGUUUUGUCCUUCACCAAGAAAGGAACUCCUGGAAUCAAAGUUCAUUCAGGAGAUGGGUUUCCGACCAAAGUGUACUUCAACGGCCAGGAAUGUUCACUCCCUUCUGUACUACCCACGAACAACAGUCAAAGGAGACAUGUGUCCACUUCUCUUCUCAUGGUGUUACCAUUUUUGGCUCUAAUGUUUCUGCGGAUUUAAAAAGUUCCAUUGAGGAGCUUCACCAUUUAGCUGGACAAUACACAGGUUUCUUGAUUCUUUCUAACCAGAUAUGUUACAAAAAUAGUCAGUUGUGCUUUGUGCAGCGUGUGAUUCUUGAAUCUCUUAUGAUCAGAUUUUGCUAAUCAGUAUGUAUACACAUUGAAUAGACAAACUCCUUGUGCUUUAAUAAUAUCUUUAGUCCGGCUUUAAGUCUU